CAUUUGACAGCGGUUUGACAGAAAAAUAAAUUAUGGCUGCACAAGCAGAUGAAUUAAUGCUCUUGGAGAGAGUAUUCCUCAGACUGGGAUCUGCAGAAACUGAUGAACAAUUGCAAAAUGUUUUAUGCAAGUUUCUUCCACCAGUUUUACUUAAACUGUCAUCUCAACAGGAAGGUGUACGAAAAAAGGUGAUGGAAUUGUUGAUUCAUGUUAACAGAAGAAUAAAAAUGCGACCUAUGGUUCAACUUCCUGUAGAGGCUCUACUAACUCAGUAUCAGGAUCCUGCAGCUACAUCAUUUGUAACGAAUUUCACUAUUAUCUACUUAAAAUCUGGCUUCCCAAGAUUACCUAUAGAGAAACAAGCUGAACUUGUACCGUCUGUUUUAAAUGCUUUGGAAAAUAAACCUGUGUCUCAUUUAGACAGUUUACUUUUGUUAAUCAUACCAUUAUUGGGUAAAGUGAAAGUACCCACUGAGCCUGAAAAAGUGACGAAUCUGUUUGGACUAAAUGAGAAACCACAAAUUGCAAAGCAUUUAUUGGAUAUGUUGUUGGACAUGAUAUUGUUACCAUAUAGUGCACUGUCGCCACAGACGUCUGAUAGUGAUCAACAGUCCGGUAGUGUUUCUUUACCUGUGCCACCUUGCAUGAGUGAUAGUUCGUAUAAAAGAUUGACUACUAAUAACCCCAUGAAACCUGAGGAAUUAGAAGAGAUUAAACUGGGAAUAGUAAAAUUUUUGGGACACGGCGUUUUUAACAAUGACGAUAUUUUGAUUCAUUUAGUGGUAGCUGCUGCAGAUACUAGGUUCGGUGUUGCAAAUUUAGCUGAUAUGGAGUUGAAAAAAGUAGUAGGAUCUGCAGAUUGGAGUUCACCUCACAUUUCUCUUCCUUUGUAUUCCCUGUUUUUGGGUACACAAGCGAAAAACGUUAAGCCGGAAAACAAAAAGUCUCCAGCCAAUACGAGGAUAAGGCUUAAGCUCUUGACCCAUUUGUGCAGAGUUACUGGAACAGGUUUCAUCUUUCCUCAGUGCAUACAGAUCGUUUUUGAUUCUUUAUAUGGCAGCCAUUCCAACACCAGACUAAAAACUUUGGCACUGAAUUUUUCUGGGAAUAUAAUAAGAUACGCGAAAGAGGAGUCUCUGGGUAGGGUGGCCCCUGUUCUGCUUUCUGGCUUACAGAAACUGAUAAAAGAGUGUGACGAAGUACACCAGGGUCAGACUUAUGUCUUAAUUGGCAUGUUAGCUCAACGUUUUCCGAAGAUAGUAUACCACGAUGUCGGACUAUUAGAGAUGUACUUUACAAACAUGGAGAAUGCCAACCCCGAUCUACGUUUACAGAUCAGAGAGGGCCUCCUUAACUUGAUCCUGGCCUAUAAAUACGACAUUCUACCCGAAGAAGCGGAUAAGGAUGGCAGAUUGAAUUUAAUUUAUGUUUUGGUUAGGUGCAAGAUGAGUUCCGAGGAACCUAUGGUAAGGUUUAGCGGUGUACGGACUUUGGCCACCAUUUUUCCUUCCGAUCAUGUCCCGUCGAAGUUUUUAUUGCUUGUCGCCACAGGAGAUGUGAAGGAUGAUGUGUCCGCAGAAGCUUACAAGGCAUUGUAUGGCACGAGGAAAAACGACGUCGAUUUAUCUAAGGAAAAAUCUAAAGAGAAAAUCGUAAUGCCGCCGUUUGAAGAAAUUACCAACUAUGUAUACAGCGAAGCUGAACUAAACAUGAAGGACACUUCUAAGUGUUUUACGGUUGGGAAUCAUGUCUUGCCGUUUAAAAUAAAUACUUACGUUGAGAUAUUAAUUUAUUUAAGGCUGUGUUUGAUCAAAGAUCUAGAAGUACCCUUGACGAGGGACAUUUUGAAGCAUCCAUGCGAAUUCACUCCUAAGAUAAGGGAGUUGCUUGGAAGUAUGAGCGGAGAUGAGAAAAAGCAUAAAAACUCCUUAAUUCAGUACAUAACUUUGGUCAGGGAACUGUUAAUAGCCAAUCCAGCUCCCGAACCUUUCAGCUGCACCAUAGAACUCACCGGUUGUGUCCCGGCUCUCCAUAAUCACCUACUAAAAGACCUUCAGUGGAUCCGUGACCAAUUAAACUCUACCAAAGAAGAAGUUAGAGAGUUGAGCACCAUUCUCUAUGCUGUUGUACUUACUCACUCGACGAAUGACGGCGAAUUCGAGACCGCAAUCAAUUAUCUGAUAUCUCAAACUAGUAACAGUAAGAGUCUAGAGACGCAACAUGGGGCAUUACUUGCCCUGGGGACCUGCCUGGAGUUGAAGAUUAUGAACAAGAAGAGUGAAAAUAAUGAUAUGAAACACUGGAGCAUUAUAAAAACUAGCAUCCAAGCGCUAGUCCCUUUUCUGAAGCAUCAGAAUCCUUUACUUGCCGGAGCGGCGUGUAGUAGCAUUGGCUUAAUUGGGAGAGUGUCUAGUCUGCCUUUGGAGGACGGUAAACCCUUGAAGAAUGGAAGUCCAGACGCUAAAAGACCGGCCAGCGAUAAUAUAACUAAAAUAGAUAUCGUGAAUCAGUUGCUGGACAUUAUGAAUAACGUCAAAUUGUCCGCUAAGAUCAGGGAGAAGGCCGCAAAGUCUUUGGGCUUGUUAUGUGUCGGGGAAGAAUUUCCGCACACCCAGGAAGUCAUUCGAGGUCUGUUGAAUACUGCGAAAGAGACAAAAGAUGUCGAGGUUCACUUUACAAUCGGCGAGUCGCUAGUGAUGUGCUGCCAAAUCAUUUGGUCUCCAGAAGCCAGAAAUCCGUGGACUAUCUCACCCUCAGACUACACCCCACUGACCGACAAACCCCUCCCGAACGACAACCUGGAGUGGCUGCUCGACGAGCUUCUCUCCUUAACCAAACAAACUCAUCCGAAUUCUAGGCAGGCUUCCUGUAUUUGGUUGUUGAGUAUCGUUAAGGGAUGCGGUGAGAGGGAACCUAUCACGGAACGGGUGCAGGCAUUGCAGAACGUUUUCAUGGAUCUGUUGUGUGAAAGCAACGACAUUGUGCAAGACGCUGCAUCGAAAGCUGUGUGUGUUUUAUACGAUAUAUACAAAUCCGAGGAACUGCUUCAGACGUUGGUGAAGCAGCUGACUUCUGGGACAAGGCAGGUGGCUCAGGUGACCAGCGAUACGAAGUUAUUUGAAGAAGGUCAGCUUGGUUCGGCGCCUACUGGUGGUAACUUAACGACAUAUAAAGAGUUGUGUUCGCUGGCGUCCGACUUGAAUAAACCGGAUCUGAUUUACCAGUUCAUGCACCUUGCCAAUCACAACGCGAUCUGGAACUCUAAGAAGGGGGCAGCGUUCGGUUUUUCGAGCAUAGCGGAAAAGUGUGGGGAAGCGCUCAAGGCUCACUUAUCUCAAAUAAUACCGAAGCUUUAUAGGUAUCAAUACGAUCCCACACCCAGCAUACAAGCCUCCAUGCAGAAUAUUUGGAGGGUUUUAGUAUCGGAGCCUCAAAAAAUCAUGGAUGAAUUCUACAAUGAAAUCUUGGCCGAUCUGUUAGAGAACAUCAACUCCUCUCAAUACAGAGUUAGGCAAUCGUGCUGCUUGGCUUUGCAAGACUUUUUGAAGGGUUCUGGUAAUAGAACUAUUCACGAUGCUGUUAAUUCUAUGAACGACCUGUGGACGAAACUCUUUAGGGUUAUGGAUGAUCACCACGAGCAGACCAGGCUCACCGCUACCAGAACGGCAAAAAUUUUGAGCAAGCUUUGCAUCAGAGGCUGUGACGUAAGUCAGGGCAAGGCGGGUGUUAAAAUGGUGGAAGCUAUUUUGCCGCCGCUGUUGAAUGUCGGGAUUACAAAUUCCGUGUCGGAAAUACGUUUAAUAUGCUUGCAAACCAUAUCGGAACUGGUGACAUCUGCCGGUAAACAACUAAAACCGUUCUUGCCAAAGCUCAUCCCGGCUCUUUUGCAAGCGACAGGCGAACUGGAGUCGACAAAGUUAUCGUACCUCAGUACCAUGUUAGGAGCUCAGUCGCAAGCCCAAGAAGCGAUCGACAGUGCCCGCGCUUCGUUCGCCAAGUCACAUUUCACCACGGAAACCGUUUCGAAGAGCCUGCAAUACGCAGACGCUUCCAUAUUAGAGGAGUUAGUGCCGAAGAUAGUAGAUCUGAUGAGGGGAUCUGUAGGACUAGGUACUAGAAUUGCAUGCGCCCAUUUUAUCACAUUGCUGGUGGUUCAGUUGGGGCAAGACGUUCAGCCUUACACAGGAAAGUUUUUGGCUGCGUUAGUGAACGGCCUCACUGAUAGGAAUGCCGCAAUUAGGAAACAUUACGCUACCGCCAUCGGGCAUUUGGUUUCCACUGCCAAGGAGUCUAGUCUAGAGAAAUUGUUUGCUAAGUUGCAACAUUGGUACUUUGAGAGAGAAGAUGAUUCUAUAAGAUCGGCUUGUGCCUAUACGAUCCAGUCGAUAGGAAUUCACAACCAGGAAAUUUUGAAGUCACAUGCCGAUGUAGUACUACCUCUAGUUUUCUUUGCAAUGCAUGCAGAGAAAACCCCCGAAACGGAGAAAACUUUGGAGGUUUGGACGGAGAUAUGGUCGGAACAGAGCCCUGGUACUGAGACCGGUAUCCGUCAGAAUCUGGAGAACAUUUGCAAUAUGCUGAAGAUGGCUCUGGAAUCGCCAUCUUGGACCAUGAAAGCGCAAGCAGCUAACGCAGUCUCAACUAUUGCCCAAAAAUUAGGUAGCACCAUGGAUUCAACACAUAGAAAUACUUUAAUAACCAUUUUAUUGAGCGGUCUUUCGGGUAGGACAUGGAAUGGGAAGGAUAAACUUCUAAAAGCACUUUCCAGCAUAUGCAGCAACUGCAAGGAUGUCAUUCAAGCCGACAAAGACAUAGACAUCAACGCAAUCGUCGAUGCGGUUGUAAAAGAAAGCCGCAAAGACGAAAUCGUCUAUAAGAACAGCGCCCUUCAGUGUUUAGGCGAAGUGCUGUCCUCCUUAGAAGUAGACAAGUUUGAGGAAGUUUACAACAUUAUACAGGGCGUUUUGAGUAACGAGAAGUCGAACAAAGACGAGGAUGAAGACAUAUCGUCGGAGGAAGUGUCGAAAAACAGGGAACACAAUAUAAAACUCAAAGAGACUGCCUACGAGACAUUAGGAAAAGCUUGGCCCGAGAACAGUAAAACUACUCAGGAAAAAUACAGAGAGAUGUUUGUAGAACACACGGUGGAGUGCUUGCCGACUGUUACUAGAUCUGUUCAAAUUAGCGUCAUGUUGGCUCUGUAUAACUAUGUGGAUAAAUUGUUGUUGCUUAAAGAAACGAGUUUGGUGGAAGCGGAGCAGCAGAGUUUGGAGAAAAUUAUGCAAAACGUCAUUAAGGCUGUGCAGUACUCUUUAGGAAUAUCUAAGCAUACCAGGUUGAGGAAGGAAGCUCUGAAUGUGGUAUUCUGUUUGGGAACCAAAUUAAGGGAAAGGAACCGUACUCGAGAACUGGACAACUUGUGUAAUAUGUUCAAGGAAGUUUUACCCGAUAUCGCUAACGAUAACCAGCCUGAGAUAAAGUCCAGGGUUAACGAUAUAAAAAAAAUGUUAUGUGUUAACUAACUUAUUUAUUAACUGUUAAUAUUAUUGAUUUAUUAUACUGUUAAAUAUUAAUGUGCCUCGGCAUUUUUUACUUGAUUUGGAAUUCUGUUUUUAAAAUAUGAUUUAUAAAAUU